AUGGAGACGUUCGCGCACGAGGGGGCGACGACGGCGAAUUUAGGGGCGUGGCUCGCGCGGCGAGGGGUCGCCGUGGAAAAGUUUGAUCGCGCGAGAGGGACGAAGAAUUUAGAGGAUUUGCUCAUCGAGCUGAAGAGCGGCGAGAGCGUGCUCGUGAGCGAGCGCGAGCGCGCGUCGGGGGAGAACGGAGGCGAAAUGAAUGAAGACGCGCGGGAGACGUGCGUGCGAUACGUCGACGUGCUGACGCUGCGCGUGCGAAGGCCGGGAUCGAACGCGGAGGAUGGGAUGUGCUUGAUCGAAAAGGAACAGAUUUUUGGUAAGAAUGAGUUGAAGCGAAGACGAAAUCGACCGCUGAGCGAAAAGAUGAACUUUGGCGAGCACUGGCGCGAUUGCGUCGAGCGCGCGGUGAGGGAAGAGUUGGGAAGCGCGCUCGGCGACGAUUACGUCGUGGAGACGCUCGAGGACACGUACAAACUGUGCGUGAGCGAAGAGAUGAGCGCCUCGUACCCUGGAUUGCGCAGUCGAUUCGCGUUACACCGCGUCGACGCCAUCGUGCACGGAUUACCGGACGAAGACGAGUUCCAAAGCGAGGAAACCACGCACCGCGGCGUCUUGCGCGCGACGUGGCGCUUUGAAAAGUUUCGCUGGCCCGAAACCGACCCCGGUCCCGCGUGA